AAAAUCAAUUUCCAUCUCUAUCUCUCCAAAGAAGAAGAUGAAGCAACCUACGUUACCAAACGCCGCGGCGACGGAAGAAACCAAACCAGAACAAAACCAAACCGGAGCAAAGCAGAAAUCCAAGAAAUUCCCAACUGCAACGGAGCUAAUCUCACACUACCAGAAACAAGGAGGACUCGAAGCAGCUGAAGCCUCGGUUAAAGUCAUCGAAGACCUACAGAACGCGCUCGUCCGAGUCGCUUCCUCCUCGAAGAACGCCUCAAGUAAGAACAAGCUUGUCGCUGACGGGAGAAAAAUCGACGCCAUUAGUGGAAGGCUCGCAGUCGUGGACGCCAAGUUGGAGACGAAGCCUGGAUACGUCGAGACUUUUGUGUUAGGGUUAGCUUCUGGUGCUGCGCUUAACGGAGUUAGCGCCGUUUGGCCUCAUGUUGCUAGAGGGAUUGGUCAGGUUUGGUCUGCUGUUAAGAGUGGGACAGAUCCGUCUUAAAAUGUUAGAACAGUGAUUCGGUUCCUUAUGAGUCUUUUGUUUCUUGUGCUGUGUUAGGUAAUUUUAAAUCGUUAUUGUUGGAACAUAAUCUGAUUAAAAGUUGAGACUCGUAAAAGUUAGCUUUUUUGUUAUCAUAUUUAUUUACUGUUGUUCCUGGU